GUUGCUAUCGGAUUUCUUGUGUCACAUUUCUCGCAUUGCUCGUAAUCGCAGCGUCGUGCCCGACCAGCCACUCGACUCCCUUCCUAUCAGCAAGCACAGACACAACAGUUUCAGAGUCCGUUGACGCUUCGAGCGUCUCAUUUCUCGUCUCACGUUCGAGUGCAGUGCGACGCCCACGUCUUGAGUUUUUACCGAAUUUGCGAACGGCUCGUGUGAGAGAAAACCUGCAAAAACGAGGAUUGUGGAAUGGAGAGACGCGUGCGUGCUGAGCCUGAGCCAGAGUCAGAACCCGAGCCCGAGCCUGUACACUAUGAUAAUCACUCUGACUGUGAUGGUGCAUUGUUCGAGCCUCAGCCCGAGCCUCAUCCCGAUUGGUCGUCUGCAAUGAAGGAGUGGGGAGCUGCUUGGGAGGUGCAUGUGUAUGUCUAUGCGAUCGCAUUCAUUCUGUUGGCUCUGACUGCUGCCUAUCUGCUCACCAAACGGAAAGAAGGACGAUUCAAGACUGGGUACUUUUUGACUCUUCAGGUGUUGCUGUUGAUCAUCGGAGUGACACGAUUUAUCAGUCUGGUUAUCGAUCCGUACGGUUCGAUGGAUCCGGUCGCGCUACCUUUGCCUCUACAGAGAUUUAUUUUCGGGUUGGCUCUGCCUUGUUUGCUCUCCUCGUUCUCGCUCAUCUUUCUGACUCUCGUCGAGGCAUCAAAAGUUCGCUUUGUGAGCCGAAAUAUAAUGAACUGGAAAGUGAUCGGGAUCCUCUGUUUGGUGCAUUUCGCAUCGAAUGUCACAGGAGAUUUCCUCAUCUCCUAUAAUAUCAAGCCAAAAAUCAUUGGGUUGGUUUGCUACUUUUAUCUCUGCUUGUGGGGCCUUUUCAUGUUCAUCGGAUUUCCGGUUGUCGGUCAUAAGAUUAUUUGCAAUCUGAUUCACACGUCUCGGAGCGUGAAACGACGAGCAAGGAAGGAGCCGCUUUUGAAAGUCGCUCGGCUGACGUACUGCAGUGCGAUGUGUGGAGUGUUGUUGCUUGUUGCGCAGAUCUACUUUGUGUUGGAUGUGUACGGAAAGGCGAGACGAGACUCGAGCAACUGUCACUCUGAUCCGUGGCUGUGGUGGACGUUUCAGUCCAUUGCUCGACUUGGUGAGAUAAUCAUGAGCAUCUUGUUGCUCUAUUCGACAUAUGAUCCUAACCAGCAGUCGUGCAUUCGUUGUGUGUUGUUCAAGUCAUGCACCAUCGAACCAAAGCAAGACGUACAAAUGGAGAGACAACAAAAUCGAACGUUUGUCUUGUCACACCAACAACGCAACGGCAAUAGAGCUAUCCAGCAAGAAGCACAAAUAUCUGUCGACAGCGGCGUUUAUGUGACUGCGGAGUUAACCAAUGUUGCAGUACUAAAGCAAGAUGACCAUCCGUCUGAAACAACAGUUGAAAUCAAUGAUUCAGUAGGAACACCUCAACCGUUGCUCAAAUCGUCAUGUCAUCAUUUCAUCAGUUACCAGGACGUUUCCCUUUGUGCAAAGAAGAGUUUGUCUCCUUCGAGAUCGGUUUCUGCUUCCGCUGUUGGCAAACCACCCAGUCCACUAAUGAGACGAGAUACCGAGACAAUUGAAAUCCCAUUUGACUGCGACAGUCUAAGUGACCAAGAGUGAGUCCAAUGGUAAGGGAUGUAUGACGUAUACGCGUUGAAAUUGUCAGAGAUUUAUUAGUAUGUUGCCAUGGCAACAGAACUUUUCUAACGAUUUAAUUAUGUUCAGUCAUAUUAAUAUAAUAACAUCAAUUACUGUGA